AUGGGAAGUGAUCGUCACAGCAGUUCGAAAAGCCAUCGCAGUGGUCGGGAUUCGAAGCGUCGCUCUCGAUCGCGUUCACCGAGAAAGGAGAAGAGUCGUCGAGAACGAAGUCGAUCGCCACGGGACAAGCGCGAUCGAGAUCGUGAUCGUAACCGUGAUCGAUCAAAAGAGAGACGUAAGGAGCUCCGAAGUAGUGGAUCACCGGAACGUAAAGAGAAGAAAAAGGAGAAGAAGAAGGAUCGUGAUUUGGAUUUAGCUGAAAUAGUAUCGAUGACUGAUAAGGAUGAAGCAGAAAGAAAGUUGGAGACAGAGAUGCAAAAACGACGAGAACGUAUCGAGAGGUGGCGUGAGGAACGACGCAAGAAAGAACGAGGAGGCAAAGACGAGCCGAAAGAAGAAACCGAGGCAGAGCCGAUGGAUCAACAGCCCAAAUGGACACUGGAUAACGAAGAAGAUGAUGACGAGGUUGUUCAGGCAUCGAGCACCGAAGAGAAUAACGAUGAAGGAACUGCAACUGCAACUGCAGAAGAAGGGGACGAAGUUGAUCCUUUAGAUGCAUAUAUGAGCGAAGUGAACAAAGAAGUGAGGGCUGCGAAAUAUGGCUCUGAAAAGAGUGCUGAUGGAAAGGCUCGAAUAGUGGUGAUUAAAACGGAGGUACCUGCAGAACCGAAAAAGGGUGAAAUCAUCGAAGCUGAAGAUGAAAUUGAGCAAUUGGUUGACGAUUUCGAUAUAGAAAAGGCUGCCUCAUCACUUAUCGCUAGAGGACGACAACUACCUCUGACAGAUCACUCAAAGGUUUACUAUCGGCCGUUCCGUAAAGAUUUCUACGUGGAAACAGUCGAGUUGGCGAAGAUGACAAAAGCUGAAGUGGAUGAAUACAGAGAGGGGUUGGACAUUCGUGUUCGUGGAAAGAACUGCCCGAAGCCGGUUCGGUCGUGGGCGCAGUGUGGUGUCGAGUGGAAGAUCUUGAACAUUCUCAAAAAAUUAGAAUAUUCCAAGCCAACAGCAAUUCAAGCACAAGCAAUUCCAGCCAUAAUGAACGGUCGUGAUGUGAUUGGUAUCGCAAAGACGGGAAGUGGUAAGACGUUGGCUUUUCUGCUGCCGAUGUUUCGACAUAUCAUGGAUCAACCUGAGCUGGAGGAGAUGGACGGGCCGAUUGGAAUCGUUCUGGUUACAGCAGUGAUAAUGUCACCAACACGAGAGUUGGCAAUGCAAACGUGGAAAGAGGCAAACAAAUUCGCGAAAGCGCUAAACAUUCGUGUGGCGUGUGUUUACGGAGGUGUGGGCAUAUCGGACCAGAUCGGAGAUCUGAAGCGAGGAGCUGAAGUGAUCGUUUGUACGGUGGGACGUCUGACGGAUAUGUUGGCUGCCAAUAAAGGAAAAGUGACAAAUCUUCGACGUGUCACCUACUUGGUGCUGGAUGAAGCAGAUCGUAUGUUCGAUAUGGGUUUUGAACCUCAAGUCACAAAAAUUGUCAACAAUAUACGUCCUGAUCGCCAAACUGUGCUGUUUUCGGCCACGUUCCCGCGUCAAAUGGAAGCACUUGCGAGGAAGAUUCUCGACAAGCCAGUUGAGAUUAUGGUUGGCGGUAAAAGUGUGGUGUGUGAGGAUAUAAGUCAAAAUGUUGUGAUUCUGGAAGAACAUCAGAAGAUGUUGAAGUUACUCGAGUUGUUGGGCGUUUAUUGGGAGCAUGGUAAUGUGCUGGUGUUUGUUGAUAAGCAAGAGAAAGCCGAUGAGUUGGUGGGGCAGUUGAUGCGCAGUGGAUACAAUUGCGCACCUUUACACGGCGGUAUCGAUCAGUUCGACCGUGACUCAACCAUUCUUGACUUCAAAUCCGGAAAAAUCAAAUUAUUGGUUGCCACAUCGGUGGCUGCUCGCGGAUUGGAUGUGAAAAAGUUGAUAUUGGUGGUGAAUUACGACUGUCCGAAUCAUUAUGAAGAUUACGUGCAUCGUGUCGGUCGAACGGGUCGUGCUGGGAACAAGGGUUAUGCGUACACCUUUAUUUUACCAUCAGGACAAGAACGUAUGGCUGGUGAGGUGUGUCGUGCGUUUGAAACUGCAUCGAAAGAACCACCAGAAGCGCUGAAGAAAAUAUGGGAGGAAUAUAAAGCGCAGAUGGCUGCCGAAGGAAAGACUGUGCAUAUUGGUGGAUGUGGUUUCUCGGGUAGUGGAUAUAAGUAUGACCAGGCAGAGGAUGAGAAGGAGGCGAAUCGACGGAAAGUGACACGUUUAGUGCACGGAAUGGAGAGUGCAAUGGACGAUGACGAUGACGAUGAGAUCGAGCAGCAGUUGAGCAGUAUGAUGAAGGGUAAACGACGUGUCAUCGAGGGACACGGCCCAUCGCUCACCUCAUCCUCAUCGACCAACAACGUCGGCGAUAAACUUGAAAAGGCAAAAGCAGCGUUUGCGAAAAUCGCCGAAGCGAAACAAUUGGGAGCAACGGCACCGGUCGAGCGAGAUGCCACAUCGCUGACAGCAGAAGCGGUGAUGCGAGGCAACGAUGCUGUUCCGAUAACACUUUCGGCGAAAUCGAUUGCGAAACAAAAAGCUGAUCAGUUGAAUGAACGUCUCAAUUAUAUGCCAUCUGAACUACUGCCUGGCGUGGAGGCCGAAACUGAGUUGCAGUACUUUGAGGAGGAAUUGGAGAUAAACGAUUUUCCGCAACAGAUUCGAUAUCGUAUCUGCUCGAGGGAUAGUUUAGCACAAGUUCAAGAAUACGCUGACGUUGGUAUAUCGGUGAAGGGCUCGUUCUAUCCGAAUAAUAAGGAGCCGAAAAACGGUGAACGAAAAUUGUUUCUGUUUUUGGAGGCUCGUUCCGAGAUAGCUCUGCGACGUGCUCGUGAGGAGAUUUUACGCAUUAUGAAAGAUGCGUUCCGACAGAUGGUUUGUUCUUUGGUCAUUCUGCUUUAUGAUCUUUAUGAUCUGAUUAUGCAAAUGGGUUCAAGAAGCGCUGCAACUGCUGGUCGUUACAAACUUUUCUGA